AUCUCAUCGCCUGCCUCUCCACCCACCCGAGCAACCACUAGAUUACAAGGCAGAGCGGCCGGGAGGAGAAAGCAGGCCUGAGCUCUGGCUGGAACCUCGGGGGAGCUUGGAAACAGCCGACUCCGGAGAUGAAAGGAGAAGCUGGAAGUAUGCUACACAAUGAGAAGCCAAAGCAGGAGGGACACAUCUGGGGUUCCAUGAGAAGGACAGCUUUCAUCCUAGGCUCUGGUCUUCUCUUGUUAGUGGCCUUAUGGAACUCAGUCACGUGGCACCUGCAGAGAUUUUGGGGUGCUUCUGGCUUCUUUUGGCAAGCCCAGUGGGAGAGGCUGCUGUCUACAUUUGAAGGGAAGGAGUGGAUCCUUUUCUUUAUAGGUGCCAUCCAAGUGCCAUUUCUGUUCUUCUGGAGCUUCAAUGGACUUCUUUUGGUGGUAGACACAACUGGAAAACCUAACUUCAUCUCUCGCUACCGAAUUCAGAUGGGCAAGAACGAACCAGUGGACCCUGUAAGACUACGCCAGUCCAUCUGCACAGUUCUCUUCAACCAGUGUGUGGUCUCUCUCCCCAUGGUGACCUUCCUCUAUCCAUUCCUCAAGUGGUGGGGAGACCCCUGCCGCCGAGAGCUACCUACCUUCCACUGGUUCCUCCUGGAGCUGGUAAUCUUCACCCUGAUUGAGGAAGUCAUGUUCUACUACUCACACCGGCUCCUUCACUACCCAACAUUCUACAAGAAAAUCCACAAGAAACACCACGAGUGGACAGCUCCCAUUGGUGUGAUAGCUCUCUAUGCCCACCCUAUAGAGCAUGUGGUCUCCAACAUGCUGCCAGCAAUGUUAGGUCCUGUAUUAAUGGGCUCCCACUUGUCAUCCAUCACCAUCUGGUUCUCCUUGGCCCUCAUCAUCACCACCAUCUCCCACUGUGGCUACCACCUACCUUUCUUGCCUUCGCCUGAAUUCCACGACUACCACCAUCUCAAGUUCACCCAGUGCUAUGGGGUGCUGGGGGUGCUGGACCACCUCCAUGGGACUGACACCGUGUUUAAGCAGACCAAGGCAUAUGAGAGACACAUCCUCCUGCUGGGCUUCACCCCGCUCUCUGAGAGCAUCCCCGACUCACCGAAGAAAAUGGAGUGAGGGAGGGCCCGAGUGCCAUCCUUCCUGUCCCCUUAGCAGUGGGCUGCCAAGGUGGCCUGAGUCCUAAUGAUUGCACCUGACAACUUACUUCCUAUAGCCAUGCACUCUAACGGCAUCACGAGGAUUUACAGGGCAGGGGGAGUGCCAGCUUCCUGGAAAAGCAGGGCCAAGGAUGGGGCCAGGGCUCCCUCAAACUACUGCCCCUGAUAUUCCUUUAACGGACCAAGAAUUGACUCAAGAAGGAAAAAUAGCUCCCUAGGUUGGAGGCCAGCUAGAGGGAGGAAGCCACCUUGAGGGCUCCUGGCAUGCCCCCGUGGCCUGCUGCUGUAGGAGAGAGGUUCCACCCCAGAUGGCUCCUUGUGGCCUAGAGACAGAAUGACAAUGGUGAUUGGGAGACCAAAGGCUAGUGGCUCCAGGGAGAGCUCCUUCCAGUGGCAAGGGAUGGGGGAAAACGGGAUAAUGCUUUGCCACUUCUCGUACCAAAAAGUAUUCUCACUCCCUACUCCUGGCCAGGGCACCCUGGCAAAUGGUUAUGGGGAGUUCCAGUUCUUAACAUUCCAGUCCCCACCACCCCCAAACACACACACAGUGAUGAAGGCCCCAACUCAACUCUGCUCACCACCACCUUCUUCCAUCUCUGAAAAGAAAAAUACCAAUCGCGAGAGCUCUUCCCUGGAUUAAAACAAAUACCAAAAAGAUGCAGACCAAACCUCAACUUCAGCUUUAUGUGGGAAAAUAAAAAGACUAAGCACUGAGGGCCCUGCUAAGCUGGAGGCCUUUUAUAUACAAAACAGAGUGGCUGGCCUUCAGGGACACCCAACCCGGGCGCCCUUUUGGCCUCUCUGGAGCAGGGCCACAGAGGUUAGCGCUCUCCUCCCGUUUGGAGCCCAGAAGGCAAGUCCUCACUUCUACUACUGCCCCCCACCCCAAGUGGUUAACCAGUUGUCUCAACUGCAUAUGUUGAUUUUUGCAGUGGUACCUUUUUCAAAUGCAAUCUUACCUGGAACCUCAUUAUAUGAAACCACCAGAGCUAGUGGGGCUGAACUGAAGCAGUCCCCACCCUGGCCUCUGUUUCAGAAGCCACUGACGCUACCAGGAACCCUGUGGCUCCCAAGAGCAAUUUGAUCUGAAAGAGCACCAACGUCAUCAACUGAAUUUUUAUAUAUACUACUACGUAAUAACUUUUCAUUCCUUUCUGCCAAGAAAACCACCUACCAUUUUUAUAAAGUAUUUCAACUCUGAUAAGACUAAGUCUCCAGGCAGAACUGCCAGAAAGGACUUGCUCCUAAGGGACCUAGGACCCUGGAGGACCUGCCCAGUAGGCCAACAAGGCGCUUACCAGGCAGCGUCUCCCCUGGGCCUUCCAAAGCUCUGCCAGCACACCUCUGGCCCGGGUGGACCCAGGCUCCCUCCCCAGGACAGCUGGUGCCUGAGCUCUUCCUUCUCACAACUACAGGCCUGCAUGUAUUACUUGUGCUGACAAACACUCGGAAAAGAAAGUCAUUCUUUGGUGUAUUUAAGAAGGGCAGGGUAUGAGGAAAGAGUAGAUAAGGAGGAAGGGAAAAAAAUUUUUUUUUUCCCUUAAGGUCUUUACAUGUUGAGGUACUGUGGAGGACACCUUGACAGGGGCAGAGGGACCUGACCCUAUCUUCUGCAUCAAGCAGGAAUAGCCCUGAGGUGGGUAAACAGAGAAUCAAGAGGAAAAGGCUGAGACUCUGAAAUUUCCAGCAGAAAAUGUGAAUGUGAAAAGAGGAACCACGUAAAAUAAACUAGUCUCCUUUUAACUCCAGCGGAUAUUGUGGUUUCUUUCUCUCCACUGACUCAUUCCAAUGCUCAAGAAUAUAUGCUAUUCGCAUUACACCAGUGCAGUUUAAUCAGUGGCCUCUGUGUGUGUGGAAGUGAAGGUGAAUUUACUGGUCUUCUGCUUCCAGAGUACCAAUCGAUUUAGUCAGUCUACAGGAGACCUGGGCACUAUUUCCUUUGGCCUGUGGAUGCCACUGGUGUGUUAAAGUACCUGCGCACCUGGACAGUAGAAAGGAAUUCUCUGGAAAGUCAUUUCUAAUGUAAUGUUCUGGUGCUGGCCAUAGGAGACAAACAGUUGUCAGAUGAAUGAAUAAGGCCAUGCCUCAUUUUAAAUUCUGUAAUUACACAUCCAGGCUAGCAAAUAAACCUGGAUGGGAACAUUCAGAAUGUGUUCCUACUGCCAGCACCUGGCCUCCUGGAUGGGAGGAAGCCACCAACAGCCCUAGGGACCAUCACUGGGUGGGGGCUCAUUGUCCCACCCUGCUCCAGCUUGUCUCAGGGCCCAGUGCUGACCUGGGUUCCCUAGGACCAUGAGAGUUUGAAUUGUUAGUCACGCCCUGCAGGAAAAUCUGUUCAGUGAGGGGCUGGGGCUGUACCAACCCUCAGUGAGAAGCUAAAAGCACCCUUUCUCUUCCAGGCUAAUACAAAGCCAGAAAACUUGAGAGCAGGCAAGUAGGCUGAAGCCCUGAAAUUCCAUCUUUAGGGUGCUGUGUCUGUCCCUUUUGUGGAGUUAUAGCUCCCCAUUUUUCACAAGACACAAUGUGGAUGGGAAUUUAAGCCUGGGAGAAGCUCUAAUGACCACUAAGGAAGUCACCUGGACGCACUAGCAGCCUUAAAAGCUCUGUAAGGAGCCCCUGGCCUUAGGCAGACUCCCAAAAAGCACAAUGGCAGAGUUUCUGCCAGUGUUUCCUUUUCCAUCUGGGGCACUCUUCUCGCCAGCACUGCCAGUCCUCUGGGUCUGGAGAAACCCUUCCUGGGCUCCAUCCUCACACCCAGCAGCUGUAACCCCGAUGGGAGCCAAGCCAAUAUUUUGCCUUUUCAAGUUUUUAUUUUUAUACAUUUUUUUUUGUAUUAAAAAGAAAAGCAUAAUUACCACAAAUUACAAAGGACUAAAGCAGGACUAGAAUAAUGAAUGAAUCACUUCAGCCUGGAAAGCAGAUACUCUCAAUAAUAUUAAUGUUAUAAUACAAGCUCAUUCAAGUAUUUUACAUGUUUUUUCUUUUUUUGUCCUUUUAAAUGUGAUAUCCUAGCACAGGGUAAAGAUAAUGUACUAUGAGCAUAAGGUGGAACCUUCUCUGCAAAGCCAGAUGACAAGUUUUCCUCUCCAGUGAGAAACGGGCUCUAAGUUCUUAUCUUCUCUGCCUCUGCCAUCAACAUGGCCGAAGGAGAGGGUGGGGAUGGGGCAAAGCUAGGGACCCCAGUACACAGAAGGCACUCUGGGUCCCAUUCAGGAGGGGGCCAGAUGAUCCACACCACUCUACCCAGCCUUUUGGCAAGCCUCCCCACUGCCCUCCCUAAGACAUUUUCCUUGCCCCUCUUCCCCACUUCCAGGGCCUUCUAAGUGGCUUAAUUUCUUUCUGUCAUAAAAUCAAGGAAAGGGGGAAAAAAAGAGCUACAACGGAACAAAACAAAAACAAAACAACUGUGAUAUCGGGGCUCAGCACCACUAUCUGAGCCCCAGGGGUCCAGGCUGGGGCAGGGCUGGUGGCCCUUCUGUACUGGUAGUGCAUUUGCUCCCAGUUUCAGGGAAGGGUGAAACAGAAACCCGCCCCUCACCAGGGAUGACACAUACAGACCUUCUGGUGUCUGAUGCCCACAGGUCAUGUUGGCAUGGACCAACCUUGGAAGGGUGGACAAUGAACAAAGGAAUUUGGGGCAAGGUGUUGCUUUGUGUUUCUGGUCUUGGAUCCCCAAGGGAGGAUGGUAGAUGUGAAGUGGCUAGUCCUGAUGGCCCUGCCACUCCUGAAAUGCUUGUCACAGAUACAUCGGUCCUAAAUUCAAGUGUCUUCAGAAAGUGAAGAUGUAAACUACUCUUUGCAACAUUAACUCCUAACAUGUUACAAAAAAAAGAAAAAAGCCCUCCCCUCCAAUCCUCAGCCUAUGUUGAGAUGAAAUCCUCACCUCACCACCCCAAAGGGGCUUCCUCUUUCUGGGAUGUCUGUGGGGAGGAUCAGGAAGAGGAUGGCAGCCCCCAGGCCUGGGGAUCAACUCUAGAUAACAGCAGACGUUUUCCACCCUCAAUGUUUCCUUAUGCUCCCAAACCCAGCAGAGGACAAGCACUGAGGUUUCCGUGGUGCUGGAUACAGUACAGGGCUGAGUGAUCCAAAGGAAAGAAAGAGGAAAUGAAAGGGGGGAGGGGGUCCAAGAGUCCGGUGUUUGGUACAAUGUGGGGCAGGUGCCAGACUGGAUAGGGAAAGGCCUUAGAUCCCACUGUCCUAGCAGAGACCAGACACUCACCUAACAUCCUUGGCUUUUGAGAGGAUUGCAUCAGAGACAAAAAUGGGCUUCCCACAUACCAACCACUGGAAAGGCGGGUGCAGGCUAAAAGGAAUGAAGUGCCCAAGACAGAGGGCAAGCAUGGGAUACUGUCUCCUACCCCCGACCUUUCAGCCCACCAGGAACCAAUGGAGAAAGAGGGCCAAGGAAGUUCUAGCAAUUUAGCAACAAGACCAUAAACUCCUCUCCUGUUGCCCAGUUCCCACUGGGGGUGAACAGGCAGUCAUGCCCUUACCCAACACACAUCCCAAAGUCUGUGUUGGUCAGUCCUUCGUCACCCUCCCUAGCUUCUGAGGACAGUAGACUCCAGCCAUUCCACUGUCAUUCACAACCUAAGCAGUUAGUGGCUGGAGAAGAGAAGUCAGGUAUACUCUAUGUCCACAUAUACCUUCCUGCCAUGGGGCUUCAGCCACUGGCAGGGUUCCCCCCAGCCCCCAACUCCUCCUCAUCCCUUGUUCCCAGGCAGGGGCAACCGGAGGGUGGGCAGAGAUAGCUCACAUGGGGGGGAUGCAAGAUGGGGAGACCCCACCAGACCUGAGGGAAGAGAAGUCACGUCUUUCUCCACCUUUUAUGAGGGACAAAGUCUCCUUGAGGUCUUAGAGAUCUUCCAGGCCAAUAUAAGAAACGAUGCCAAGCCUCAGCUGUCAGGUGUUCCAUUUUCCCCUCUGGGGCGGAGGAGACAUUCAAGCUGAGGACAAGAGUGUUCCAGAUCCAGGCCAACUCUGAGUCUCCAACAGUCUGAAGCAAACUUGGCUUUGGGGUUCCAAGGGUAGGAUGAAAGAUGUCACAGCAAGAUGGGGCCUGGCGUGAGACAACAGCAAGCAGAGCGAGGACACAACAGAGGCAGCAGUGUACAGACACAGGACAUCAGCUUCAAACGAUGCAACAGCACGGAUAUUGUGGGCACAGCUCUGACGGGAGCUGCCCCCAACUCUCUUGCCUCCAGCCAGGAGGCAUGGUACAUGCAACUCAGUCCAGAGAAAGAUUCUAGCCAAUCCAAGCCCAGGCACAUCCAGAGAAGGUGGGAGCUCUUCAGGUUGACUCCAUCGAGGAAAACAGGCAUUUGGGUAUUUCAGAUUCCCGCUCCACAAUAAGGCAACUUUUAAAAAAAUAUUAUUUCCAAGAACAAAAAGAAAAAAAAUCCAAGGGUAGAGGAAAGACAUCACUUUUCAGUGGAUUAGGUGGGGGGUUU